GUCUCCCAGCCGAGUCCCAGGAGUGCGCACCGUGGUGACCGAGGGUGGGAGAGUCCCCGCACCGCAGCGCGGGGGCAGCGCGGCGAGGGCUGCGGUCCGCCUCCCCAGGAGCAAGCCGGGGCUCUUCCGGGGUGGCUCUGGUCCCGCGGGCAGCACACCGCGUCCGGGGAGAGCAGUGGUUAGCGAUGCUCCUGCUGCUACCUUUGCUGUUGCUGCUCCUGGGGGCGCCGCGGGGCUGCGCAGACCUCGUGGCGACGACGCUCGCUCCCGAGAGGGUCCUCGAAUAUCAGGAUAAAGGAAUAUUCAUUAUCCAAAGUGAGAGCCUUGAGAAAUGCAUUCAAGUGGGUAAAUCUGUACUGACCCUGGAGGACUGCGAAGAGCCAAACAAGAACAUGCUGUGGAAAUGGGUUUCAUAUCAGCAUCUCUUUAACCUGGGAGCCAGCAGUUGCCUGGGCCUGAAUUUAUCAAAUUCAGAGCAGCCAUUAGGCCUAUAUGAGUGCGAUUCCACUGACGUUUCAUUGAGGUGGCAUUGUAGCAAGAAGAUGAUCGUGGGCCCACUCCAGUACAAGGUCCAGGUGCACCGUGACAACACCGUGAUGGCCUCGAGGAAGAAUCUUCAUAAGUGGGUUUCCUAUAUGUCAGGUGGUGGAGACAUUUGUGAACACCUUCACAAAGAUUUGUAUACAAUCAAGGGGAAUGGCCAUGGGAUGCCGUGUGUGUUUCCCUUCCAGUACAACCAUCAGUGGCAUCAUGAAUGUAUCCGGGAAGGUCGAGAAGAUAACUUGCUGUGGUGCGCAACUACAAGCCGAUAUGAAAGAGAUGAAAAGUGGGGGUUUUGCCCAGAUCCCACCUCUACAAAAGUAGCUUGUGACACUAUCUGGGAGAAGGACAUCAAUUCACACAUUUGCUACCAAUUCAACCUGCUUUCAUUUCUUUCUUGGAAUGAGGCACAUUCUUCAUGCCAGAUGCAAGGAGGCAAUUUAUUAAGUAUUGAAGAUGAAAAUGAAGAAAAUUUCAUAAAGAAGCACAUGAGCAAUGAAACAAUGGAAGUGUGGAUAGGUUUGAACCAGCUAGAUCAAAACGCUGGCUGGCAGUGGUCCGACGGAGCACCGCUGAGCUAUCUGAACUUGUACCCAGAGAUCCACUUUGAGCCAUUUGUUGAAUACCACUGUGGAACAUUUCAUUCAUCUGUGCCAACUGCCUGGAGGAGUAGGGACUGUGAGUCCACCUUUCCUUACAUAUGUAAGAAAUACCUAACCCACACUGAUCGUGAAACAGCUGAAAAAGAUGCUUGGAAAUAUCACGCUACCCACUGUGAGCCUGGCUGGAAUCCCUACGAUCGUAACUGCUACAAACUUCACAAAGAAGAAACGACCUGGAAUGAGGCUUUACAUUCUUGCCAGUCUGGUAACGGCACCCUGACAGACAUAGCUUCCUUAGCAGAGGUGGAGUUUCUUGUAAACUUCCUUGGAGCUGAAAAUGCAUCAGAAACAUGGAUUGGCUUGAGCAGCAGUAGAAUUCCAGUUUCCUUUGAAUGGUCUAAUGGUUCUUCAACAGUAUUUACUAAUUGGGACAUACUAGAACCCCAAAUUUUUCCAAGUAGAAGCCAGCUGUGUGUCUCAGCAGAGCGCCCUGAGGGACACUGGAAAGUUAAAAAUUGUGAAGAAACACUUUUUUAUACUUGUAAAAAAGCAGGCCACAUCCCUUCUGACCCAGAAUCAGGAUGUCAGGAGGGAUGGGAGAGACAUGGUGGAUUCUGCUACAAAGUUGACCCAGUCCUUAGAAGCUUUGACCAUGCUUCCAGUGGUUAUUACUGUCCACCUGCACUUGUAACCAUCACCAACAGGUUUGAACAGGCAUUUAUUACCAAUUUGAUCAGCAGUGUGGUGAAAACAAAGAACAGUUAUUUUUGGAUAGCUCUUCAAGACCAAAAUGAUACAGGAGAAUACACUUGGAAGGCGGCAGGGCAGGAGUGUGAGCUGGUGCAGUACACACACUGGAAUGCUCACCAGCCCCGCUACAGUGGUGGCUGUGUCGCCAUGCGAGGAAGUCAUCCCCUUGGUCGCUGGGAAGUGAAGGACUGUACACACUUUAAGGCAAUGUCCUUGUGCAAGCAGCCAGUGGAAAAGCGGGAAAAGACAGAACAUGAAGAAAGAUGGCCCUUUCAACCCUGCUAUUUGGACUGGGAGUCCAAGCCUGGCCUGGCCAGUUGUUUCAAGGUGUUUCAUAGUGAAAAAGUCCUGAGGAAAAGAACGUGGAGAGAAGCUGAGGCAUUUUGUGAAGAAUUUGGAGCCCAUCUUGCAAGCUUCGCCCAUGUUGAGGAAGAAAACUUUGUGAACGAGCUUUUACAUUCCAAAUUUAAUCGGACAGAAGAAAGGCAGUUCUGGAUUGGAUUUAAUAAAAGAAGCCCACAGAGUGCAGGUUCUUGGGAGUGGUCAGAUGGAACUCCUGUUAUCUCUUCAUUUUUAGACAAUACUUAUUUUGGAGAAGAGGCAAGAAAUUGUGCUGUGUUUAAGGCAAACAAAACAUUGCUGCCCUCACACUGUGGCUUCAAAUGUGAAUGGAUAUGCAAAAUUCCAAGAGAUGUGAGACCCAAGGUUCCAUUCUGGUACCAGUAUGAUGCGCCCUGGCUCUUUUAUCAGGAUGCGGAGUACCUUUUCCAUACCCAUAACUCAGAAUGGGCUUCCUUUGAGUUUGUCUGUGGCUGGCUGCGUGGUGAACUUCUCACAAUUCAUUCUGCACAUGAGCAAGAAUUCAUCCACAGCAAAAUAAGAGUGUUAUCAAAGUAUGGUACAAAUUGGUGGAUUGGACUUCAAGAAGAAAAAGCCAACAAUGAAUUUCAUUGGAGUGAUGGGUCUCCAUUAAUAUACCAGAACUGGGACAAAGGAAGAGAAAUAUCUGUCAAUAAUCAAAGCCAGAGAUGCGGCUUCAUUUCUUCCAAAACAGGACUCUGGGAUAGUGAAGAGUGUUCAGUGUCUAUGCCUAGUAUUUGUAAGCGAAAAAAGAUUUGGAUCAUUGAGAAAGAAAAGACUAUACUAAAACAACAUGGAACAUGUCCCAAAGGAUGGCUGUACUUUAACUAUAAGUGCCUGUUAGUGAUGGUUCCCAAAGACUCAAGCAAUCUAAAGAACUGGACAGGAGCUCUGGAUUUCUGCGAUGCAGAAGGUGGGACGCUGGUGGCCAUUGAAAGUGAAGUGGAACAAGCUUUCAUUACUAUGAAUCUUUUUGGCCAAACCACUGAUGUGUGGCUAGGGUUACAAAGUGAUGAUUAUGAAAAAUGGCUAGAUGGAAAGCCUGUGGCUUAUUCUAACUGGUCUCCAUUUGAUAUAAUGAAUAUUCCAAAUCAUAAUACCACUGAAGUUCACAAACACAUUCCUCUCUGUGCCUUGCUGUCAAGUAAUCCUAAUUUUCAUUUCACUGGAAAAUGGUUUUUAGAAGACUGUGGAAAAGAAGACUACGGAUUUGUCUGUGAAAAAAUGCAGGAUAUUUCUGGACACCAUGUAAAUCCAGAUAUGUAUCCAAUGCCCAAUACCUUAGAAUAUGGAAACAGAACUUACAAAACAAUUAAUGCAAAUAUGACUUGGUAUGAGGCAAGAAAAACCUGCCUGCUGCAGGGAGCAGAACUUGUCAGCAUUUCAGACCAGUAUCAUCAGUCCUUCCUCACCGUUGUCCUCAACCGGCUGGGACAUGCCCACUGGAUUGGACUGUUCACCACUGACAACGGUCGUAAUUUUGGCUGGUCAGAUGGCACCAAAUCCUCGUUCACUUUUUGGAAAGAUGAGGAGCCAUCCUUCUUUGGUGACUGUGUUUUUGCUGACACAAAUGGACACUGGCAUAGUGCAGCCUGCGAGUCAUUUCUGCAGGGUGCCAUUUGUCAUGUGCCCACUGAGACAAAAUUAUUUGAACAUCCAACGUUGUGCUCAGAAACAUCUAUUCCCUGGAUAAAAUUUAAGAGUAAUUGCUACAGUUUUUCUACAGUCCUAGACAGUAUGAGUUUUGAGGCUGCUCAUGAAUUUUGCAAAAAGGAAGGAUCUAAUCUGUUAACAAUCAAGGAUGAAGAUGAAAAUUCAUUUCUCCUGGAAGAGCUCUUAGCUUUCGGUUCUUCUGUCCAGAUGAUUUGGUUGAACGCUCAACUUGAUAGUAACAAUGAAACUGUAAAGUGGUUUGAUGGAACACCCACAGACCAGUCAAACUGGGGCAUUCGGAAACCAGACAUGGACCCCCUCAAGUCCCACCAGUGCAUCUCCUGGAGGAUCCCUGAAGGAGUGUGGCAGUUAUCCCCAUGUCAAGACAGGAAGGGAUUUAUAUGUAAAAUGGAGGCAGAUGUUCACACUGAAAAGAAGCUUCCAGGAAAAGAGCCCAGCCAUGGCAUUGUUCCUCUGGCAAUCGUGCUGACACUGGUAAUAAUCCUGAUCAUCUCCACACUUUCCUUCUACAUCUACAAGCGGAAUAGUAACUUCUUCCGGAGACUUGCAGGGUUUGGGAAUCCUUACUAUCCUACCACUAACUUUAGUACAGUACAUUUAGAAGAAAAUAUUCUCAUUUCUGAUCUUGAGAAGAAUAACCAAUGACAACGAAGCCUGAGAAUCCCUCAGCCGUGAAGAUGAGUAAAGAAGACCAGAGGAGUCCUGUCUGUACUUCUCUCGUACCAGAUGCCCUUAGAAUGUGAAUAGUCUCACUGCUUUAAUUAUCUUUAAGUGAGUAAUAGUCUUUAAUUAUAACCAUAUCCCAUGGAUUUUGAUUUAUUCAUUUCCCUAAACUGAUCCAUUGUUAAAAAAGGGAACUCUUCAGAAAGAUGGGCGGUAUUAAAGGAAACUGUAAUGUGUGUGAAAACUCACAAACCAAUGUGGAUAACAGUUUUUGUACUAAUCAGUUCCUACUAAAAUUUGGGGAAAAUUUUAAAGCUAAUUUGGUGCCUAUUCAGACAUUUACAUUCCUUCAAUUAAAAGACAGAAAGAA